CUCUGCAUUUCUCUGUACUUCUCUUUCUAAUCCCACUAUCCAAAUCAUCCCAACUACCCAACAUGGCCCCCCUCCACCCCGAAAUCACUUGGGCUCAGCGAUCCUCAGAGUCCGAGCCUGAGAAGAACGUCAUCUACUUUACCAUCAACACCCCCGACAUUCAAGGCGAGCCCAAGUUUGACAUCAAACCCACCGAGAUCUCUUUCAGCGCCAAGGCUGGCGACGCCUCUAAGGGUAUCCCCGAGAAAGAGUUUGCUUUCGACCUCCAGCUCUGGGCCGAGAUUAUCCCCGAGGAAACCAAGAAGCUCAUCACUUCUCGAGCCGUCGUCCUUACCCUCAGAAAAAAGGAAAACAAGGCCGAGUACUGGACUCGACUGACCAAGGAGAAGCCCAACAAGAACUGGAUCAAGACCGACUUUUCCAAGUGGGUUGACGAGGAUGAGCAGGACGAGGCCGAGGAGCCUAGCGGACUCGAUGGCUCCCAGGGAAUGGGUGGACCUCCUGGUGCGGGCGGUAUGGACUUUGCUUCGAUGAUGCAGGGUAUGGGCGGUGGUGGUGGCGGUGGUAUGCCCGAUUUGGCUUCCAUGAUGGGCGGAGCUGGUGGAGCUGGCGGACCCGGUGGCAUGGACUUUUCCAAGCUCAUGGAGCAGAUGGGUGGAGCUGGUGGCGGUGCCGGCGCGCCCGACCUCAACUUUGGCGACGACGACGACAUUGACGAUUCUGAAGAGCCCACCGAUGCCAAGAAGGGCGAUGCUUCCGGUGUUGAGAGCCUUGACGACGUUGAGUAAGGAGAUGACAAGAAUUUGAAGCAUACAUAGUUGCACAUACAAACAAAACGAAUGGAUCCACCCAUGUAAGCGCACACAUACAGCUUUGCCGUCCGACUUUGAUCGGAUGAACGCGCAAACAUUGAAAUUAGCUAGCCGCCACAUGCGCCUUCCAUCAUGCCUCAUCAUGUUUCAGCUUCACUUUCGUAUCAGAGUCGAAGGCAGA